UGUAGUGACGUCAGAACUGAUGUUGCCGUGACGUCACUGGCUGUUCCCGAAGACCUGAGUUACGAUGGUAGUGAAAUAUAUACUUUACGAUGGUACUGGCGACCGAGUUACAUCGUCGGAGUAGCUCGCUGUGUACCGGUAGUGCCCGCUUGCUUCUCAACUCCAUGUGAGCUGGCCGUUGGCAGGCAAACCACGCUGGAUCCACAGAGGGGACCUACCAAAAACCCGGAAUUGCCAGACGAAUCUUUUAAAAAACCGGACUCUAGAGUAUCAGUUGAAGGUUUAGCCGGUGAAGCCUCGUCUGCCGAGACUUUAACGACGAGCGAACUCGGUGUUUACCGACAAGGGGUUAACAGCCGCCCAGAUUUAGCACGGCCCUUCUCUCCUGCCGAGGGCCCGUCCCGAGCCCGUGCCCCGGUCGAGCCAACCCUGUCACCGUCAGACAACAACAACACACCGUCAAUGUUGCUGUUACAUUCUCAGACGACAUUUUCCACCGGGACGUCACCGGUGGUGGACCAGUUUUCGUCAGCAGCCUACAGCAUGAACACCGCUAACCCCGUUCCCGCGGACAUCAGUGUCUACCCUUACUCUGCGGUCACCCUUCCUUCGUACACACUGGAGAGCAGCUUAGCCGCAGCAGACGUCCCCGUCGACGCCUACGCCGGAUAUGACAACAGUCAGGUCACCGCUCAUGGGUACCAGCAGCCUGUAUCACAGACUACGCCCCAGACUUAUCCGGAUGCUACCUUCGGAUACGAAGCUGGUAUUCUCUUUGAAAAAGAUUCCGCCAGUAAACAGGGCUUUUCUGGACUCUUCACCGAUCACUGCGCUACAGUGACUCAAGAACAAGCCGAGAAAUUCGGUGAAACCACCCACUAUCAGGGACAUUUUCAAAACUUUCCGGCUGAUACGGAUCCUUCAUCGUACUAUCAUCACCAUCCCCAUCAAACAGGUUUCCAUGACAACCAAAAAUAUUUCUCCAAAUCUCACGGUUAUCACCAAACGCAGCCAUUGUUCAGUCAUUCAGAGGUGCAGGGCUUCACGGAUCUGGAUCAAAAACAAGCCGUGUUUUCACAUGGUUACCAUGACAACACGGGACUCUAUCAGACAAGAGACGAAAGUGGUUACCCUGGUUACCACCAGUCGGGUUACUAUGAGAGUCAGCGGCUUCCCAGCCCAGAUGCUAAUUUCAAUUUUCCCGCCACUGGCGCUCUUUAUCGGGGUGAAAUGAACAUUCAUCUGUCCAGGCAAGCUUUUCAGCGGCGGCCUUCGCUGACCAUUUCCACUCCGAGAACUCCCGACGGGAUGGAGGUUCAAAAAUUCCAGAUGCAGUCUCCGACUACUCCCUCCACGCCUUCGUCGAGUCGUUCAUCGCCGUGCCAGGAAACGCCGCAGAAAGAGUGCCAGAUGUGCGCCGUGUGCGGUGACAACGCUGCCUGUCAGCAUUACGGCGUCAGAACCUGCGAGGGCUGCAAAGGCUUUUUCAAGAGAACUGUUCAGAAGGGCGCCAAAUACGUCUGUCUCGCGGACAAGAAUUGUCCCGUGGAUAAAAGACGGAGAAAUAGGUGUCAGUUCUGUCGUUUUCAAAAAUGCUUGGCAGUCGGAAUGGUGAAAGAAGUGGUGCGGACUGACAGCCUAAAAGGACGACGGGGACGGUUACCCUCAAAGCCCAAGAGUCCCCAGGAGUCUCCACCUUCCCCACCCGUCAGCCUCAUUACCGCCCUGGUCAGGGCACACGUUGACACUUCACCGGACAUUCCCAACCUAGAUUACCAAAAGUUCAAACUUCCCACCGGUGAGGAUAGCCCAACAACUGACGAAGACUACAUCAAGUUAUUUUACGACAUUCUCGUCAGCUCCAUUGACGUCAUCAAAACGUGGGCAGAAAAGAUCCCGGGUUUCCAAGAUCUGUGUAAAGAAGAUCAAGAUCUUUUAUUCCAGUCGGCCUCAUUAGAACUCUUCGCACUAAGGACUGCAUACAGAAUGCAGUCAGAUGAUGAGAAGGUAGUGUUUUGUAAUGGAAUGGUCAUGCAUAGGCUGCAGUGUCUACAAAUGUUUGGCGAUUGGAUAGCGUCUGUACUAGAGUUUGGCAAAUCCUUACAGAGGAUGGGAUUGGACAUUUCCUCUUUGGCAUGUAUGGCAGCUCUGGCCAUGGUAACAUUACGCCAUGGUCUGAAGGAACCGAAAAAGAUGGAGGACUUACAGCUAAAGAUCUUAGACACUUUGCGCGAUCAUUGCACAUACAACAGUGAAGCCCAGAGAAAACCUCAUUUCUUCUCCACCAUUCUGGGAAAAAUUGCAGAACUCAGGUCACUGAGUCGUGAAGGGCUCCAGAGACUCUUUUAUCUCAAACUGGAAGACAUGGUUCAAGCGCCACCAAUAAUAGAAAGUCUGUUUUUAACCAGUAAGCUCCCAUUUUAAGCCGAGUUACCCCCCUCUUGCGUUAAAUAGGUAGUUUAGGACCACGUGUGGAAUUUCGCACUGUUUUUUGCAUAAUCUACGCCAAAGACGAUCGUUUUUGUAUUUGGCAGCAUUCAUUUACGUUAUUAUGUCGGAGUUUUGUAUUUAGCCUACAUUGUUUUCCGUCAUCACUGAGCUAACACAUCGCCGGACUUCCCCCGCCCUUUCCACCACCCACACGUCCACCACCCACUGACACUUUUACAUCUUUUUACCGAAAUGUUGGUUUUUAAAGCGUAAGUAUAAACAUGUACUGCAUUGAAAACACCAUUUAUUGAGAUUAUUGUGUUUUGUUUUUACUUGUUCAAUCCUUUUUAUCGCAUUUUUAAUUUAUUUCUGUGUU